CCCCCCACACGUGCUCCCUCCCUCGCGCUAAUGUUUUUCCGUGCUUGUUGCCGGGCAACGAAGGCGUGUCCAGCUCCAGUGAUUUAAGGAUACCUCUCACGCGGUUUUUCUCAGUCCUUGCCGGUCCCUGCAUGGCAACAGGCGCGAGGGAUUCCCCGCGUACGUCGCCACUCUGUCUUCCCGUUCAAAACUGCUUUAGCGUUAAAAAAAAAAAAGAAACAACAACAAAAAAAACCAAACAAAAUCUGUCUGGCUGCUUCUACCCGGCGCGCCCAGCGGCGGCAGCAUGUCCUGGAGCACAGUAUAACGCGCGACGCGGAGCAGAAACUUUAAACCCGGGGAUAUUUAACCAAAACCCAGUGCAGUCACACCGAAGAGCAGCUGAAAGGACGCCACUUACACAUUCUCAUUGAUGAGGCAGCCUCCAAAUGACGUCGAGAUGGCUUUAGGUGGGACUCUUCUGCCAUCCAUAUCCACGUUUGCCAGCGGCCCCACUGUCAAGAGCAAAUCCAUAGGAAGUGCCAAUUUAAGAUGGAAGGAGGAGUUGUCCCAUCUUAAGAGACCCAGUGUGCCAACUGGAAGCAGCUGCUCCGACCCAGACCAUCCCACUGCCACCAGCACAACAAGCCCCAGCAUGUCCAAGAAAGACGUAGAGCUAGACCUGGACUUGGACUACGACUUCAUUCUCUCUAACUCCAUCCUGCAGCAGCAGCAGCAGCAACAGCAGCAACAGCAGGAGGAGGCCAUGGCAUGCGGCUCUGCACAGGGCCUGUCUCCUUCCCCUGGCUCUUUCUCCUCAUCUUACCCUCUUCCUUCCCCUCCGGGCACAGCCAGUGAGCUGCUCUAUACCAUCCCAGACAUCAGCGACGUCUCGCCCUCUGGAGGCUUUGUGGCAGAGCUAAUGAGACCCGAGCUUGACCCGGCAUACCUCCACCCCACCAGCCUCCACGGCAAGUUCGUGGUCAAGACAACGAUGGACAUGGGAGAAUACAGCCAAGGCGUGAGCGUAAGCAAGGCCUGCGUUACUGCUGUGACAGACCCAGCGCUUUCACGUGCCUCGCCAUCCUUUACAUGCCACAGGAUAAAGCAGGAGAACCCCAGGAACUGCACCCUCUCGCAGCCAAUAGACCUACACCUGGCUGGGGUAAACUCCCAGGGCCGAGGGGGCCAGCAGCGCCCUGGCCACUUGGAUCUACAUGGCUUCCCAGUUGGAGGGAGGUCCAUGACAAGCAGCAGGUUAUCCUCAUCCUCUUCCCUCUCCCCAGACCAUCCUCUGAGCCGGGAGCAACAGGGGCUAGGCCACCCUCAUUCUCAGAUUCCUCUACCUCCCCAGGGAUACCACCAUAGCUCCCCGCAGGGCUACACCUCCUACCCUCAGCCAUCUUCCAUGCAGUACCAAGAGUCCCUCAUGAUCUCCAGUGGGGACUGCUUGCCAGAGGAACCGAAGCCUAAACGUGGAAGGCGCUCCUGGCCGAGGAAGAGAGUCGCCACACACACAUGUGACUAUGUUGGCUGUGGGAAAACCUACACAAAGAGCUCCCACCUCAAAGCACAUCACCGGACACACACAGGGGAGAAGCCUUACCACUGCGACUGGGAGGGCUGUGGUUGGAAGUUUGCACGUUCGGACGAGCUCACACGCCACUACAGGAAACACACAGGCCACCGGCCAUUCCAGUGUCAGAAAUGUGACCGGGCCUUCUCAAGGUCAGACCACCUUGCUCUUCAUAUGAAAAGACACUUAUGAGACCUGCUUGGAGGAACUGAGUGGAUGGCGGUGGAUGAAGGCUCUAGAAAAAUAUACGUAUAUGUUAGUGAAACCCUGAACAAACUUGUGACCUACACUUUUAAAAAACCAUAAUUUGCCUUCAAGCUGUUGUUAAGCAACAAGACAAGCUGUGGUGUUCACGGCAAAAAAAGAGCAUUUCUCCCUCAAGAGCCUAGAAUUUCUCUUAAGACUGAUCCCGUCUUCACACAUGGCGCAGGUGACUCGAUGAGACCUCUCAGUCAGGGUUGUAAACUUUUAUGAAAGGGACAAAACUGGAAUUUGUCUUAUUUAUCCGACAAAACUUGGAGGACCAGGUGCCAACAACUUUUAACUGGAAAUGUAUUUUUUGUCAGGGAAACCAGGAGCAACAGACAAACAUCUCCGGAGGCCUUCUACCAGCAACAUGCCAUUAUAGGCUCUGUUAACUACACACUGUUCAAAAUACUGUAUUAAUAAAUACAUAUAUAUUUAUAUACA